AUGUCUGUGAACAUUUCCCCCUUAGGUGACACAAAAGUUUUUCAACCCAUUAAGCUUGGAAAGAAUACCCUUUCACAUAGAGUGUUUUUUCCCCCAACGACCAGAACUAGAUCAGUAGAAGACCACACUCCCUCCAACUUGGCAGUCAAGUAUUAUGACGAGAGAUCCAAAUUCCCAGGAACAUUGAUAAUUUCUGAGGGUACUUUUCCAUUUGCCCAGGGUGGUUUGUACGAGGGUGUUCCUGGUAUUUACACCGAAAAACAUGUUAAAGCAUGGAAGCAUAUCGUUGAAAAGAUUCACGAAAACAAGUCAUUUGCAGCUAUUCAAUUGUGGAACUUGGGAAGAACCGGAGACCCAGCACUUUUGAAAGACGCCGGUUUACCAUUCUUGGCUCCUUCGGCACUUUACUAUGACGAAGAUUCCAAGAAAGCUGCUGAAAAGGCUGGAAACCCACUUCGUGCUAUGACCGAAGAGGAAAUCAAGCACAUGAUUUACGACCAGUACGGCCAAGCUGCGAAAAACUCAUUGGAAGCAGGUUUCGAUUAUAUUGAGCUUCAUGCUGCCCACGGUUACUUAUUGCAUGAAUUCCUUGAAGAGUCCAGUAACAAGCGUACAGACAAAUACGGUGGAUCCAUUGAGAACCGGGCGAGAUUUGUGUUGGAACUUGUUGACCACAUGAUCUCCAUAGUUGGAGCUGAAAGACUCGGUAUCAGAAUCUCACCAUGGGCUGCUUUCCAAGGUAUGGAAGGUGCUAACGGCUCCAUUCAUCCAGUAACCACCUACAGUUACUUGGUUCAUGAGUUGGAAAAGAGAGCUAAAGCUGGAAACAGAUUGGCAUACAUUUCCUUGGUUGAGCCAAGAGUCGCCGGCAAUCUUGAUGUCGAGGAAAAAGACCAAGUUGGUAGCAAUGACUUUGUCAAGGAAUUGUGGAACGGAACAAUUUUGCAAGCUGGUAAUUAUACUUACGACGCACCCAAAUUUGGUCAAUUACUCGAUGAUGUUUCCGACGAUCGUACACUUGUUGGAUUCAGUCGGUACUUUAUUUCCAACCCCGAUCUCAUUUCAAGACUCCAAAAGGGCCACGAGCUCUCUCCCUAUGAAAGACCAACCUUUUAUGGCAGAUCCGAUUUUGGUUACAACGACUAUCCAAAGUAUGGAAAGAAGAGGGAAGAUGCUGAGGUUGCAAAAAAGAGAGUUCCUGAGGAACUUCUAGUUCAAUAG